GGAGUCAUCGUCUACUCGCCCGUGACAAGGAGGUCCCAUCGUCCGGUCUUCAUUACCUAGAGAAAGAAUAAGAAAAAGGUUUCUCCUUUCUCGCUUUCCCACGCCAUCGCGCUCAUCUCCUAUGUCACGUUUCUCUUUCCCACCCACCAUUCCAUGAGCCCCGUUCACACUCUAUUUGGAUAGUAGUCAAUCCCGUUCAAGCUGAAUAAUCUGUCUCUCGUUAGUCUACAUUGGCGAUCGCCGGUUCGAUCGUCGGCGCUUUUUGCUCUACUUUGUUUCUGCGGUUUGUUCUUGAAGAUUUUUAAGACAUGUGGAUGUUUAAACCAUUCUCUGGGAAAGAGCAAACUGGAUUAGAAGGCAGACUAAUUGAAAUUGGCAAUGAAAGGCUUCGCGUUCAGAAUGUGAUUGCUGAAGGAGGCUUUUCUUGUGUGUAUCUCGCUCAUGAUGCUGCAAAUUUAUCCAAGCAAUUUGCAGUUAAGCACAUGAUAUGCCAAGAUGGGGAGUCACUUGAUCUGGCGAUGAAGGAGAUCCAAGUCAUGAAACUGCUCAAAGGGCAUCCAAAUGUUGUUACUUUGCUUGCACAUAGCAUAUUAGACAUGGGUAGGAGGAAGGAGGUGCUUCUCAUGUUGGAGUUCUGUGAGGAGUCUUUGGUUAAUGUUGUGGAAAGUAGAGGAGCAGCAUACUUUGAGGAGAAGAAGGUUCUUUCAAUUUUCAGAGAUGUUUGCAAUGCAGUUUUUGCCAUGCAUUCAUUGUCUCCUCCUAUUGCUCACAGGGAUCUGAAAGCGGAAAAUGUUCUCCUUGGGUCAGAAGGAGCUUGGAAAUUAUGUGACUUCGGCAGCACUUCGACUAAUCACAAGUGCUUUGACAGACCAGAAGAAAUGGGUAUUGAGGAGGACAAUAUAAGAAAGCAUACUACUCCUGCAUAUAGAGCUCCAGAGAUGUGGGACCUAUAUAGAAGAGAGCUUAUAUGUGAGAAAGUGGAUAUUUGGGCUCUUGGGUGCCUGCUCUACAGAAUAUGCUAUUUCAAAUCAGCAUUUGACGGUGAAUCAAAACUUCAGAUCUUGAAUGGGAACUUUCGUAUCCCAGAGUUGCCAAAAUACAGUGCUUCUUUAAUUGGCUUGAUCAAAGACAUGCUUCAGGGCUCUCCCAAUGAUCGACCAGACAUCACUCAGGUGUGGUUUCGUGUCAAUGAAUUAUUGCCGGUGGAGUUGCAGAAGCAUUUACCUGACCGUGCUGAACCCGUUAAUGUGAGCCCAGAUGUGCAUAAUGAAGGCAGUCCCAACAGGAUUCCUGUUAAGCCAAGAAGAAGCCCCCCUCCUCCACCUUCUUUCAAAGAAAAGGGUGGUAAUAGCUCGCCUCAACCUCCAAUGGUAGGUGCGAGUGGGAAUCACAUGGGUGCAUUUUGGUCUACCCAGUUUGCACAGGAUUCACAAGUUGUGGAGGACAAGGGUCCAUUAUUUGAUGAAGAACCAGUGAGUCAAACAUUGAAGAAUACUCAGAUCAACCAAGGAAGAACCAGUUUUUCUGUGGAACAGCGAGCUCAGCCUUCACAGACUGGCAUCUACAAGGGGGUUGAAGAUGGCCGAACCGAGGACUUCAAAAUAAGAUCCUCUCAGGAAAACAAAGCAACCUUCCAAAAUGAGUCAUUCCGUGCUUUUGUUGGUGAUUUUGAUUCAAAUAUGAACAAUAACAUUACCAAAUCAAGAAGGGAGGAGGUGUUGGAGGCUGAGAUGGGGAAACUGAAGGAGCAACUUAAACAAUCUAACCUGGAGAAAGCAGAAAUAACAUCCAAAUAUGAAAAGCUCUCUUCCAUUUGUCGCUCGCAAAGGAAGGAGUUACAGGAGCUAAAGCUAGCUUUAGCUGCAUUGAGCCCACCAUCAGUAAAAGACUCUCGGAGUCACGGCUUUGGAAACUUGGAGUCUGACACCCAGUCACGGGAAAAGAUUGAAGGAUCUUUGUUGGAUCUCCAGCAGGGAAAACUUACCAGCACCAUUUCCCCAAACCAAGGUUCCAAACCAUGGCAGGCUUUCGCAGACGAGCCAAAUGUGCAGCUUCUUCCCAAAACAAGACAUUCGAAAUCUGUCAGGACAAUGAAUGGACGUCCCAACAACAGCAAACAUCCUGAAUCUAGCCUAACCCUGGAUGAAUGGGGCUUUGGCCAGGAUAGCUUCACUGCAUCUCCUUCCUCAAGCUCCGAGACAUCCAGUUCUCCCGCUAUCGGAAGUUCUUCGCAGCGCUUUGCAGCUGCCAAAGCCAAGAAGGUAGAAUCCAGCCAACCUGCUGGAUGGGCUGGUUUUUGAAGUGUUUUUUCUGCUUAUUGUUUCUGUUGUCCUUGCCAAUGCCUUGAGCUAUCCUUUGGUGGUGUAAUCAAAACAGAAUGAGAAGAUAAAGAAAGUAAAGUAUUAUGUUCUUCCACAGUACUACAUUUGUAUCAGUUUUGGUCAGAAAAAUGGCCUUUGUGGCUUUGCCCGAGAUCAGUUUGUUCUUUAAACUGUAAGUUCGGGAGCAAGCUGUGUCCAUUAAGACUUGUUAACUCGGUUGUUGGGCUGAACUCAAGUUGAAGUUAUGGGAAAUUAUGUCGUGGUAUAUAAUAUCAAUGAGGCCUCUAAUAUGGAAUUUA